AUGCCCCCGCAACAGACGUAUGAGCCCAACCACGCAGAGAUUCUAGUGAAGAGAGAAAAUGAACUCACGCUUCUCGAAACAAGAGCUCAGAUCAUUGAUGAUCGAAUCUGGGAGCUUGUAAGCGCCGAGAAUCCCAGGGUGACAGAGUUUCUAUGGGCCCGGAUUAUGCGAACAGAGACUCGACUUGCCUACCUACGAUCCUACGCGGACUGCCUGGAGGAAAUGAAAGCAGCCGGCAUUACUGGCCACGAGACAUUCAUCAUUGAAACUCAAGCCGUCGCCAGAACCACUCGAAAACGCGCCCAAGAACUGAGACUGUUGACUCGACAUGGCCCAGCAAUAAUAGGCGAGGUGGAAAUGGAGAUUGAACGGCUGAAAACACGACCCCUUGAGUUGGUGAACAACUCUGAGAUCAGGACAACCUUGCUUGGAUGCGCCUACGGAAACGUUUUGGAGAGACUGAAAUUAACCAAUGACUGGGAGCGACUCAACGACCCCCAAGUGAGCAAUGAGAGGAAAUUGUUAUUCCAGAAAGCGGUGUCUGAGUACUACAAUGCUGUCUCUAUGUCGGGGGAUUACGUCUGGUGCCACGUACUGGGCAGGUGGGUGGUGUCUCGCAAAGCUACAGCCGCCCAGUUUGUCCCUGGUAGCGUCUCACGCGAAGAUCUUGCCUACCUCUUUGGUGAAGAGGGGCUUAAUACUUGUGACGCACGCAACGGCCCACCGCCGGAACAGCGUGGAGCAUACCCAGAGGUCAUUCACCUCAAGGAUAUCGACGGCAAAGACCUCUCCUUUAUGUCCGAUAAACGGCCUUCUCCUGCCUUCAUCUACUUUCAUUUUCUGAUAUCAUGCAUGUAUGCGAAAGUACAGAGACCCCAAGGUAAUGUGGCAAUGGCUAUGAUGCCAGGAUCAUGGCCGUUGGUGGGCCGUGGACGCUACCUCGAAAGAAAGACUCUCUCCAUGCUGACUCGGUGCUUGACUGGUUGCGUUUUACCCCAGUGGCUCUUGGAUGGCAAAACCUUUGUUGCGAACCCCAACGACAAGGACCCUGACUAUUGCGCUAGGAGCCGUGUGGCCGCCAUGAUCCUUGCAGCGGAUUUGGGAGAUAUUUGGUCUCAAAGGAUUAAGGAAGCGCACCAAGAGCUUCUACAAGGAUGCGAAAGCGAAUGGUGA